AUGUCAGUCCCGCCAAUUGCAAUUCUCGGAGGUGGCCCAAGCGGCCUUACUCUCGCUCGACUGCUAGAAUGCAACAAAAUAGACUAUGUUAUUUACGAGCGUGAUGCCUCCUCAUCGAUAGAGGGCCAAGGGGGCUCGCUCGAUAUCCACGGGACGACCGGCCAACAGGUUUUGAAGGAAGCAGGUCUUUUUGAGGAAUUUAAAAAGUAUGCGCGCUGGGAAGCGUCGAAGACAAUCAUCCAGGAUAAGAACGGUACCACGCACCUCGUGUUUGGAGAAGAUCAAGAUGCUCCAGAAAUUGACCGCGCAUCGCUGCGCAAAAUUCUUGUUGAAUCUAUCCCCCCAAGCAAAAUUCGAUGGGGUCAUCCUGUUAAAACCGUUGAAAACCUUGGUAGUGGGGAAAUAACAAUCAAUUUUGUCAACGGUACUUCUGUCAGCGGCUUCAAGCUGGUUGUUGGUGCGGAUGGCGCGUGGAGUAAAGCAAGACACUUGCUCACUUCUGCAAAGCCACAAUAUUCUGGCAAGCAUUAUCUUGAAGCAAAGAUUUCCACCUCGAAUCCAUUUUAUCCGACCAUCAAUGAAAUAGUCGGCGUCGGAAAUCUCAUAGCUCUGGGAGAAGGCAAACAGCUUUCGGCUGCAGAGCAGGGAGAUGGCUCUUAUCGUAUCUACAUUGGCUUGGUGGUCCCUGAGGACUUUGCUAAAAGCGGCAUUGUGGAUCUCUCCAAAGCAGAUGGAGAUGUUGCCCGCAGUCAAUUCAUAACCAAUGCCGACUUCUUCGGAACUUGGGGCUCUGAGCUCAAAGACGUUAUUGCGAACUCGCAAGGCGCUUUUAAGUCUUGGCCUCUUUAUUACCUCCCACCAGACGCUCUAUCGUGGGAUCGUGUUCCAGGCAUAGCUCUCGUAGGAGACGCUGCUCACCUGUCUACCCCAUUUGUGGGAGAGGGAGUCAACUGCUCGAUGUUUGACUCUCUGGUACUGGCUAGACAGAUCGUGGAGCACGGUUUGGAAAAGCUAGAUGCAGCAGUGGAAGCAUAUGAAAAAGACAUGUUUGAGCGCGGAAAAGACUUGAUAGAGAGAAGCAACGGGAGUGCCGCUUUCCUAUUUGCGCCGAAUGCUCCGAAACCUCUAUUGGAUGUUAUUGCAAAGAGUUAA